AUGGAAAGAGACCAGAGGGUAUUUUUUAUAGAGGAGGCUGAGUUUAUUAAAAAAAUUGAAUCAACCAGUGGAAAUAGAGUUUUUCUACAGAAAAGCAGUGAUUUGCUGCCUAUUAUAAAUACAACCAAUCUGGACAUGUGCAGAGUUAAAAAAGUAUUGAAACACCUGGAUGACAAUGCAUUUUUAGUAAGCGUAUGUAUCCGAUUAAUUAAUAAGCAAAAAUAUGACUAUAUUUUUAUUUCUUCAAGCAUGGAAAAUAUGUAUAGCCAGUACUUUAUUCUAUUUCUAGAAAAAUUCUGUAAAUAUAAAAAUAUACAGAUUCAUGUUCAUAUACGAUGCCAAGAGAUUUUAUAA